AUGUCGAACCAGAGCGAGAGCUCAGAGAGGAAGAUGCAAAUCAUGCAAAUUCAGAUCCAGAGCCUGAUUCACCCCCAGCCCUUGCUCUUCCAGAGUCACAAAGAGAUCAGCAGGUGGACCUACUACAGAACAUGAGUGUGUGUUUAAGUGAUGAUGCAGCAUUGUGGCCGGAAGCGCUGUCUGUCAGACAGAGGUGUGAGCUUGUCAAAAAGGGGCCAAAACACAUCAGAGAUAUUGUGUUCCCUCAAAGUGGGGACCCAGCCCCUCAAAAAUGUUGUAGUGACAACUAUGGAAAAGUUAUGAAAAACAGAUAUAAAAUGACACAGACAUGUAAUCAAGUAGAGCUGAUGCAGCUUUUUGUUUUUGUUGUCGCAUUUUUUGAAAAAGAGACUCUAAUUUGAGCAGUGAUCGUUUUUGUUACUUACAUUUUACAUUUUACAUUUACUGGAAGAAUAUCGGGACCAAUUUGACAGCACAUGAGCGUUGUACUGAGUGUUUACAAAACAUGGAAAGUUGGCGCCACCUUGCAAAAAGAUUGAAAACAGGCACAACCAUUGAUGCAGUCAACCAGACUGGCAGCGAGGUGGAUCGCAUCCUGACAAAGACCCUGGGAAGAAGUGCUGGAUUGGUUACUCUGGGUGUUGCCUUGUUCAAAGGUGCUAGAGUCCUUAUUUCAUCUCCUGAAGUUGUUUUCACGUUUCACCUAUUGGCUCGUGUGUAUGUAUGGACAGACGGACGGACGGACGGACGGACGGGCGGACGGACAGACAGACAGACAGACAGACAGACAGACAGACAGACAGACAGACAGACAGACAGACAGACAGACAGACAGACAGACAGACAGACAGACAGACAGACAGACAGACAGACAGACAGACAGACAGACAGACAGACAGACAGACAGACAGACAGACAGACAGACAGACAGACAGAUAGAUAGAUAGAUAGAUAGAUAGAUAGAUAGAUAGAUAGAUAGAUAGAUAGAUAGAUAGAUAGAUAGAUAGAUAGAUAGAUAGAUAGAUAGAUAGAUAGAUAGAUAGAUAGAUAGAUAGAUAGAUAGAUAGAUAGAUAGAUAGAUAGAUAGCUCGGUUCAGUCAAAGUAGAGGGAUGGAGGACUUCCAGCUAGAUGGGAAGGUGCUCACCCGCAUUGCCAUGAUGGCCCAGGACCAUUAUCCAGUGAAAUUGGCCAUCAACUCAGACCUUGGCUGCAUAGUAAGUACACAGUUCAUUUGUUCUCACAGCUUGGUAUAAAACGUUUUUGUUCAUUAACAUAUUUUCCAACUGAUCUGAUCUCUCCCCUUCUCCAUUUUCUCCUUCCCUCCAUCUCUCUCUGCAGAUUGUUCAGAUGCAGCAUGAUGUCAGUAUGUUUGUGUUCCUCCCUGAUGAGGUCACUGCCAACAUCACCCUGGUAGAGGAGAGCACACAUUGA